AUGAUAAGUGAAGAUAACAAAUCUUUACUGGAAGAAGAGGUAGAAGCUAUGCCAUUUAACGCUUCUAAGUAUUUUACUGCGCUUAUUAUACGCAUGAUGAAAGUCAAAGAUUUUUUCAAAAUGCUAGUUGCAGGUUCUUCCACCAGUGUUCAUGUUAUUCCUUCAUCUGAUCUUCCAACGGUCGAGGAAGUGAAGGGAUUUAAUGCCGGAGAACUUAAUGGCUUUUUGAAAAGGAG